AUGGAGGAUUCUACAAUAAAAAAUAAUAACAUCACAAAUAAAAAUAUUAUGAAUGUUUUAAAAUCAGUUAGUUUAGAAGAAAAUAAAAAAACAGAACAAAAUAUUUUAUACGAUUUGUCUUAUUAUAUGAAUUUUUUAAAAAUUUUAAGUGGUAUAAAUACUCACCAAAUGGAAUAUCAAGGAAUUAUAAAUAUUGAUAAUACAAUAAAGAAGGUGAAAAAUAUAAAGGAUGUAAAUAUUAUUUAUUCUUCAAGAAAAAAAUAUAAAAAUAAUGUUAAUGAUGUAAAGAACAAUAUGAAUAAGUUUGUAUUCUCUUAA